CAUAUGCAGCGCAUCCCCCCGCUGCAACUAUUCCGCAUUUAAGAAACCCCCAGAUUCACUGGGCCUACACUGCGUCAUGCACAGUGUGACUGCCGACCCAGCGAUCAGAGCCGUACGCCUAAGAACGUGGUGUGCAGGAGCACCGACUAGGCCACUGCAGGCCUCCCCCAAUCAUUCGCCGAUGCCUGUUGAUCCGACCAGCGAAACGCACCCUCCGAACUGGAAUCACGAUGUGCCGGAGCUUCACGUUUCUGCUGUCUCCACGAAACACAUGACUCGGCUCACGAGUCCGAUGGACUCCUUCCUCAAAGCUUUCGUGUACGCUCGGGAAUCCGUGUCUUAGGGCCUAGCAAGAGCAGACCAGGCCAGUCUUGGAAUUUGGGGUUGCCUUCACCUUCCUCCUUGUAGGACGCGAAAGCUUCUUGUAACUGCGUGCCCAUGGGGCCUUGGUCUGGUACCGAGAACCAAUAGGUUGCCCCCACCUCGCCUUGCCUACUCGCUCGGGCUUGCCCGAGACAAAAAGGACGAGGCUGCGAAGCGACGAUGCUGCUUCGGCCGGCCACCAGGGGCGGGGACGGGCGUUGUCUCCGUCGUCCCUGUCCCGCCCCGCGCAGCUGUACCUAAACGACUCGCCCGAGUCCAACAGAAGUCGAUGGAGAUGGUACCGCGGCAUGGAGGAACAGCGAGAGAUUCCCACCGGAAAAAAACCCAGGAAUACUCGCAUGCUACAUGUCAGAGGAAUUGCCCGAUCGAGGUCCCAUGUACAUGUCCUGAACGAAUCACGCGAUCGAACAAUCGAUGCAUGUUUUGGCUCCUGGUAGUCACAAGCAGGUUCUGCUCUCAUGAGAUCACAAGCACAGGUGAAGAAAAAGGUCACUCACCAGCAUGGAGAGAGAGUUGCAGCUCAACCAAGACUAGAUUUCCAAAAGAAUCCAAAGGAGUUUGAUUAUUCCCGGACUAUGUUCCGUGUGUGUUGCUGCCCCCAUCGACUCGCAGUGGGGUCAUUUUGAUAAUUGCAUCGAACAUACUGAUGAUAGAUUCUCUUGUUGUGACGAAGUAGAUAAAUGAAAUCUAACAGUGGGCUGCUUGUUGUGUAGAUUCUGCUCGUAUAUAGUAGCUCCUCCACACACUCUCCUCUUCUACCGGUCUUCUCUCAUCUAUUAGCCUUUCCUGUGGCUCGCCUCCUCUUUGAGAUUCACAUUCCCUGUUCCGUCAAAUUUGACUCGAGUUUCCGUUCAAGAAUCACUCUUUAGUCAUCAAACUCCCGACUUUAUGCUGACCGAGUGAGAAAGAUGCGUCCUUUCUUAUUUACUCAUGGUGAUGGCAGAGGCUGCUACCGGUGAAGAGCUGAAGCUCGUAGGAGUACAAAUGAUCAUCUGAGCUGUUUCGAUUACCGGUUUCGGUUUAAUGGGUAGAGGCAAAGGAAAGGGGAAGAAAUUGACCUUGGCCACUAGCAAUGAGGAUCGAGGGAGUGGUGAUGAAGAGGCGAUUCCUGCAUAUAAGAGGAGAGGAAGGCCUCAGAGACGUUUGAAGGAUGACAUCGAUGAAGACGUCACCGAAAAGAUCGAGGAUGGAGAAGAUGAUGUGAAGCACACUUCUGCGCCAAGCAAAGAUCCCAAGGUCUCCACGGUGGUGAACGGAAAGAAGAGGAAGAGACACGGCAAGGCAAAAGACAACCCUGCCUUGAUCUUGGAGGAAAACUUCGGAGCUGCAUCCAAAUCCAACAACGAUGAUGUGACUGGGUCUAAUGGUUUCCGGCAUACCGGGAGCCGGCGGAAGAGCAAGCCACGUCGGGCUGCUGAAGCUGGAGUUGAGUGCAAGUGAGACUAAUGGUUUCAUCCUAUGCUUCUCCCCUUCCUUCCGUUGCCAAACAUUGUCGAUGGCUGAGAACCUCACUUGGUGGAUCACUUCUCUUGUUCUUGUGCCGAUCUUUGUUACGGUCCAACUCUUAUCUCGUUGAUGAAUUCACCAGAGGCCAGAGAGUAGACAUAUCAUGUAAUUUUCUAUUAGCACAGAGCUGGUAAGAAGACAUUAGCUUAGCUUCUCCUUGCUGAGUGUUCUGAACAUCAAAAAAAGGUUUUCUUGAUAUCAA